UACGAGAACGAAGUAUGCUUUAUUGUAUUUGUCGAAAGCCAUAUGAUCAGAGAAAAAUGAUUGCUUGUGAUCAAUGUGAUGAGUGGUACCAUUUUGAUUGCAUUAACUUAGUUUUCACACCAAAGGUUUACAUCUGUCCUGCUUGGAAGCCUCAACAACAAGACUUGUCUGCAACACCUUCAGUUGAUCUUGAUAGAUCAAUUAGUGUCAAGUUUGCAGAGCCUAAAACACCUUCUCCUAAACAUACAAAGAAACUGAGAGAAGCUGAGCCUGGUCCAAGGCAAAAGAUGCUUUCAAUGACAGAUCAUAGUAAUAGUUUUAGCAGUGGGAUUGAACGCUUAUGGUGGCGAAAUCGGAAGCCCUUCAGAAGAGCAGCAAAAAAACGUGCUGAGCUUGACUUUCUUUCUCCAUUUUUCCAUGUACAACAAUAAAACUGGAAGUAGAUGGUUAUCAAUCAUUUAAUUUAUUCAAUUGAUUUUUAUGGUUUCCGCUCAA